AAACUUAGAAAGCCAUUAACAAUAUUGAGUUAUUAUAGUAGUGAACAUCAUGAGGACCAAUAAUAUCAUCAUACUCUUCUCUUCCUUAUUGGUAGUGGGAAUUGCUCAUGUAGAGGCAAGUGCAGGGUAUAAUUAUGCGGACGCACUUGAUAAGAGUUUGCUGUUCUUUGAGGCACAAAGGUCUGGUAAGUUACCAUCACAGGACCAACGAGUCAAGUGGCGUAGUGACUCAGGACUCAGAGACGGGUUGGCUCAAGGGGCGGAUUUGGUUGGAGGGUAUUAUGAUGCAGGGGAUCAUGUUAAGUUUGGUCUACCAAUGGCGUUUACUGCAACAAUGCUUUCAUGGGGAGUUAUUGAUUUUAGGAAAGAAAUCAAGAGUUUGGACCAAAUGGGCCAUAGUUUGUGGGCCAUUAGAUGGGCUACUGAUUACUUCAUCAAGGCCCAUCCUAAGCCUAAUGUUCUCUGGGCACAGGUGGGAGAUGGGGACUCAGAUCACUACUGUUGGGAACGUGCUGAAGACAUGACCACUUCAAGAACAGCAUACAAGCUAGACCAAAACCACCCCGGUUCGGACCUCGCAGGCGAGACCGCCGCAGCCUUGGCUGCAGCCUCAAUAGCUUUCAAGCCCUACAACUCUUCCUACUCAAGCAUUCUCUUAUCUCAUGCAAAACAGCUUUUCACAUUUGCUGAUAGAUUUAGAGGCUUAUAUGACGAUUCUAUCCCUAAUGCCAAGAAUUUCUAUACCUCCUCAGGCUAUUCUGAUGAGUUGUUAUGGGCUGCAGCAUGGCUUUACAGAGCAACAAAUGAAGAAAACUACUUGAAAUAUGUAGUGGACAAUGCUGUGUAUAUGGGUGGAACAGGGUGGUCAGUGAAAGAGUUCUCUUGGGAUAACAAGUAUGCUGGUGUACAAAUCCUUCUCACUAAGAUUUUGUUGGAGGGAAAAGUUGGUAGUGCCUACACUUCUACACUAAAGCAAUAUCAAGCCAAAGCUGACUACUUUGCUUGUGCUAUGCUCCAAAAGAAUGGUGGCUACAAUGCCCACUUAACUCCUGGUGGAUUGUUGUAUGUGCGUGAAUGGAACAACAUGCAAUAUGCCACUUCAGCUGCAUUUCUUCUAGCAGUGUACUCAGACACUCUAGACGCAAAAAAUGCUAAGCUCACUUGCCCAGAUGGCCAAGCUCAACCUAAAGAGCUUCUCAACUUUGCUAAAUCACAGGCUGAUUAUAUUCUUGGUAAAAAUCCAAAAUCCAUAAGCUACUUAGUAGGGUAUGGAUCAAAAUAUCCUAUCCAUGUACACCACAGGGGUUCCUCCAUACCUUCUGUGUACAAUUACCACUCUAUGGUUGGAUGUGUUCAAGGAUUUGAUUCAUGGUACCGAAGAUCGGAGGCUAAUCCAAAUAUCAUCUAUGGAGCCCUUGUAGGAGGUCCAGACAAGAACGAUGGCUUUUCGGAUGACAGAUCUAACUAUGAACAAACCGAGCCAACACUCUCUGCCGGUGGCCCUCUUUUAGGCCUUUUCUCUAAGUUGCAAAUUGCCUUUAAUGGAAUCCCAAGUUCUAAAUAUAGAGACACACCAAGUUCCUACAAACCAACACCAACCCCAAAACCAAAACCAACACCAACUACAUAUUCUCAGAGUGAGACAACAGAAACAAACCAAAACAACAAUGCAACUCCCAUCAAGUUAGUUCACUCAAUAACCAACACAUGGAAUGUUGGACAUAAAACAUAUUACAGACACAAUGUAAUGAUAAAAAACAUAUCAAAGAAGAAGAUAACAAGUCUCAAGCUUGAGAUUCAAAACCUUACAGGGUCAUUGUGGGGUCUUUCUCAAAGUAAAGAAAAGAACAUUUAUUACUUCCCUCAAUGGAUCAAAGUACUCAAACCAGGAGAACAGUGCAAUUUUGUCUAUGUACAAGGUGGUCCUCAAGCCAAAGUUACCAUUAUAAGUUACCAUUAGGCAAUUUACCAACCAACUAAAGGAAGAAAAAUAAAAACAAGCAUAGAAAUGAUUUUGCUUUCUAUUUUCACCUUUGGUUGGAAUUAUAUAGUAUAAAAUUUAAUUUUCUUUGAGAACAUUACUUAUGUCUACAACAGUUGAAAAACUGAUAGGAAGGACAAAACCGAUGUAGAUUUUGUGAAAAAAUUACCCUUAAAUUCUCAGACCUUAAUUUUUCUUCAUCUUAAUAUUUCGUUUUGUUAUAUAUAAAAAAAAAUGUACUGUGAAAUAUAAACGAGUACAAAAAAUUUGCCAAAA